GUAUGCGCCGUCAGCAUGGGCUCAUGGCUCGGCGAGGUACAGUGGCUCAUCCUGGUGUCGCUCUUCGUCGCGGCCCUGGGCACGGUGGGCCUGUACUUGGCGCAAUGGACGCUGGCCAGGGCGCGACCCCCGCCCCGGCGGCGGGUGGAGCCGGACGAGCGACGGCGCCGGGAGUCAGACACGCUCCUGUCCUGGAUACUGACACUGGAUAGCUGGGGAAGCCAGUGGCAAACCGCCUGGGUGACCGCCCUGAACUACGAGGCCGAAAGGAGAGGGGGCCCACUGCAUCUCUCUUUCCAGCAGAAGCCACAGCCACAGUCCUUGCAGCUAACAGUUGGAGAUGUCUCUAGUGUGGUCAAGUCGGCCCAGGAGAAGGUGGUGAUCUGUCAUGUGGUGGGUGAGACCCUUCAGUUCUUGGUCAGUGCAGGGCCUGCCUCCACAACCAGUUCAGAAUGCCAGCUGUAUGAUGUCCGGCUUUCACCAUUUCAUUUAAAGAUGGAAUUCCACAUGGAGGAGAAGAGAGAAGACAUUCAGAUCAGGUGGUCAUUCACCCAUACACCAGAAACAGCCAUCAAGAUCCAGCCCCAGGCCCCGGGGGAGAAACAGGCACUCGAGGUAAACAUGCUUUCUGAAGCCCUUGAGGAUCUUUUCAAGCACCUAGUUAGUGCUGCUUCUCCAUCUGUGUUUCUGAGCACCAAGCCCACACGGGUCAAAGAAGCUCAGACUCUACAGUGCACUUCCUCCACUGCUCAGGAACCCUGCCCUCCCAAACCUCCAAGGGCUCAUGAACUAAAACUGCAGGUGAAGAAUAUCCGAGUCUCCCUGCUAACCCACCCUGGUGCUUCAGAUAGCAUUAGCCAUGUGUGUGUGGCCCAGCUGAAUGAUCCUGCACAGCAGUUCAUCAGCACCCUAGUAAGAAACACUACAGACCUCACUUGGGAAGAGGAAUUCACCUUUGAACUGAACGCCAAAUCUAAGGAGCUGCUCCUGCAGAUCUCAGAGAAUGAGUGCUCUUCAGAAGGUCUACUGGGGAUAGCAACCAUUCACCUGGACUUAUUUAGGAAGCAGCCUAAUGGCCCACAGACCUUCAGACUGGUCAGCGGGACAGAGCCUGACAGCUUGGUGUUAGGCUCAGUCACUGCAGAGUUUUCUUACGUAGAACCUGGAGAGCUGAAGUCCUGGCCCACUCCUCCCCCUGUUCCUGCUGCAAAGAUAGAAAAGGACCGUACAGUGAUGCCAUGUGGGACUGUGGUCACCACGGUCACUGCUGUGAAGACCAAGCCUCGCUUUGACACUGGGAGGGCGUCCCCAGUGAGCUCAGAGUCCCCUGUGAGGACACCCAUCAAGGUGAAGGUCAUUGAGAAGGACAUUUCUGUCCAGGCCAUUUCGUGCCACGGCGCCCCCGUCAGCAAGACAUUCUCCUCUUCAGACACAGAACUACUGGUGCUGAACGGCUCAGAUCCUGUGGCUGAAGUUGCCAUUCGGCAGCUCAGUGAAUCCUCAAAGCUGAAGCUGAAGUCCCCACGGAAGAAAAGCACCAUCAUCAUUUCAGGGAUCUCCAAGACCUCACUGUCUCAGGACCACAAUGCUGCCCUCAUGCUAGACUAUGCAGCUUCUAUGGACAGCACCAAUCAGGGGAAUGCCCCAUCCACUCUGUGCCCUCCAGAGGCAGCUGCAGCCUCUGCCACCACCCCACCUGAAGAUGAGCCAGCCCAGGCCCUAUCUGCCCUCAAGCCUAGAGAGAAUGAUCUAGACUCCUGGGACCUGGAGAAAGAAUCCCCAGGAGCAUUGUGGAGCAGUCCAGCCUUACAGGAACCUGAUGGGGAUGAACUGUCCGAGAGCUCCCUGAGUGCGUCGGAGCUGGGAGCCAUCAAGAAGCAUAAAGAAGGAAUUCUAAGGAAAAGCGCCAAGCUCUUCUUCCGCCGGCGACACCAGCAGAAAGACCCAGGCAUGAGCCAGUCCCAUAAUGACCUGGUAUUCCUGCAGCAGCCAGAGGGGAGGCAGAAGAAGGGAGCAACCCUCAGCCGGCUCCUGAACAAGAAGUUGCUUACCAGGCACAGAGGCAAACACACCGUGAACGGAGCACCCAGAGAACCCUGCACAUAGCCUGAGUCACCUCCUGUCCUCAAAGCUGGAGGAUGGGACCACAAAGGCCUCCACCAGAACAGCAGAACCAGUGCCAUCAGAUGUGUGCAUGUCUAGCUUGUUUUGUUUUGUUUUGUUUUUUCCCCCAAUAAUCUUGUUUUUUAAAGGGGAAAAACAAUCUGCCUGUUUGGCCAGGAAGCUUCCCCAAAGACAACUGAUGAUGCAGUCCAGUUUGCCACCAGAUACUCAGUGGGAACACCUGGCUCCAGCUGUCACCAUGCCAUCUAAGUGUUGAGGUGGAAUAUAAGACAGAUACUUGCAUCAGUAAAGUCAUGUGUGCUCUGAUAGAUUAUGUGUAGUAGGCAGGAGGGAUCCCAGUCUACCUACUUCUUCCUCUCUCCUUCAGGGACUAUUGGGGUUCAUGUUUGGACCAUGGCAUAAGGGAGAGGUAUCUCUGUGGGCUGUUGCUAUGAGCAGGAUGUACCACCUCACAUGUCUUGCUGUUUAGAAUUAAAUAGUGCAUCUGGCCUUGGGGACAGGGGUAUGGAUAUAGGCAGGACUUUUAAGCCAUGAAGAAAUUAUAAUAGGAAAAAGAUGUGCUUUGACAAGUGUGAGAAGGUGUUCACCUUUGAUAUCAGCCAUAGAAGUUAAAAACUUAUGCAAACACUAAAUGUGUCCUAUGCAGAUUAUGCCAGACACUUCAGCUUUGCUUGAGCUUUCUUGCAAGUAGAGGUGCAGAAAUUCAGAUACAGUUUUUUUGUUUGUUUCUUUGAUUGAUUGAUUGAUUGUUUCUCGUGCCAAGGGCUCUGUUUUUUCCCAUGGCACAGGCAGCAGCACACUAAGCUCAAAUAUGCUGAGGCUGACAUCAGGAGCAAUGAGUGACAGCUUGUAGGACAUAACCACACAUACAUGGUUCUUGCCAAAUAUAGCCAACAGCCAAAACAAAGAACUUUUAGGGAAACUGAGGUAAUUAUUCUGUAUCUUGGGUGCCAAUUGGUCUUAGGCAUAGAAGUUUCAUAACAAUGGGCCAAACUUGCAGGAAUUCUUUUUAUGGGGUCUUCAGAAUUCUACUGUGAACAGGGACUCCUGGCCAUAUUUUAGGGUAUCCUGGUUUUGGUUUACUGUGGGAAAAUUAUGAAGUUGGCACCUGGGUUCAAUAUCCCCAUGUAUCCAUAAGGUGCUUUCCUCAUCUGUGUGCCUGGCACUGUAGAUUCACAGGGUCUCACAGCUCUCCAUAGUCACUGUCCUUGGGAGGAGGUGUUUUGACUUGUCAGUAAGAUCCUUUUCUUCCCAUAACAAUGGAAAGGCUAACAGGAAGACCUGAGUUCUGUUACUGAUACAAAGUCAGGAAGCUCCUUCUGGCCUCUUUUGUUCAUUAGAAACAUCAGGGGCAAAGUCACUGUUGUUGACCAAAAAUGUCUAUGAAAGCCAAAAUAUACUAAUAUGUUUUAUUUUUUUCCUGUUUUAGCAAGGGAUUGGAAAACCACAUUAGUAAUCCUUUUUUCUUUCUUUCUGUUCAUUUACUCCAUUCUGGGGAUUAAACCUGUGGCUUUGUACAUGCUGGACAAGUCCUUGUCCAAUGAACUAUUUCCCUGGCCCUCUUUUCACUUAUUAUUAUUGAGUUGGGUCUCACUAAGUUGUUGACUGGGCUGCCCUGUAAUUCAUUCUGUAGCCCAAUCAUACCUAGAAACUCUGAUUCUCCUGCCUUCAUCUCUCAAAUAGCUGAGGGUGCAGGCCUGAGCCACUGGGCCCAGUGAAUUUUACUUCCAAAUAAACAUAGGAUAAAAAAGAA